UAGGGAAAGAGUGCUAGUGACAUAUAGCAAGAUCCUUCAGGAUCAAGGUGCCUACUGCACGUGUUAUGCUCACGGUAAUAGAUCUACUCCCGAAAUGGCCGGACUGCAGACUGCAGCAAAGCACAAGAGCUCAACAUCUCAACAUGUCCUUGUGUUCCUUCCCAAGCAAAUAAAUACUAUUCCAUACCUUUACCUUUAUCUCAUCGAUGAAGUCGAAGAGGAACGACAAAGACGGGCAUGAAGUAGAGGAUGGCUUGUCUGGCUCUUCGGUCCACUCGACCAAACUCACCAAACGUCAGGCGCCGAUUAGCAGGCAGUCGUUACCGUUGAUCCACGAGAUGCUGUCCAAGACUCGCAAGUCAUUGCAGCUGAGUGCCAAUACUGCUUCAGAGUAUGCCGUCACGGCGGAAACGGCAGGUUGGAAUCGGAGUACUGCUAGUAGCGACCAUGGCGGUCGAUCCUUUGGCAAUUCCUGUAAUAAUACAACCAGUUCCACUUGUACCAGCCAAAAUGGGGAGACAGAAGCACGACGCAGUUUUGGCUUGGUAACUCCAGAAGUUACGUUGGUACAGCCACAUGCGGAACAGGAAAAGCAAGCACGGAUUGACAAGGCGUUGCAUUCCAUCAACAAACUUCAAUUCGAGUCAGUAGGAUUAGUGGGACGAUCCAAGGAGAUUCAGAUCCUCCAGCACCUCUUGUCAUUGUCAUUGCCCACCAAGAAGGUACUCCUGAUUAGUGGGGCGUCCGGGUGUGGCAAGACGGCGCUCGUCAAUACGGCACUCCAAGAACCCGUUUGGGCAAAACAGGGAGUUUUUGUACGGGGGAAAUUCACAAACAAUCAUCAACGUGAUACUACCAGCACAUGUAGUACCAAUAUCAAUAAUCACCCUCUCUCCGGGAUUGGCAAAGCCUGCAAUCAGCUGUGUACCGACAUGGUACAAAGGUAUCAGCAAAGUCAGCCAGACAGGCUCUGCAAGAUGCGGGAGCAAUUGGAAGCACAGAUUGAUGCACCCCUGCUAUGUCUUCUGGAAACCACCAUACUACCCAACCUGGUCCAUAUCUUGGAAUUCUCUCUUCCGUCAACAUCAUCCUCCGACUGCCAACAAGAUCGUCCGAAUGACAAGACACCAGAAGAUCAUGGAACCACCACACGACGAGCCCGACGACCAUCUCUGCGACGUCGCAAUACCUUCAACCAGAGCCAACUACAAGGGUUCAUUCGCAGUGCCAGUCGCCAGCAACAUCCAAACACCACCAAUCGACGAGCCAGACGGCCGUCCAUGGGAUUCCCGGAAAGUAUUUCUUCCUACGAGAGCAGUUUGACCAGUGGUGGUGUUGAUCCUGUCACAAUAAGCGCCAAACGACGAUUGGCCGCCACCGUGGACCCGCGUCACUCCAAACUAUUGCUACAAUACGCCAUUCGAGCAUUCUUACGAAUCAUGGCCGCAGAUCUGGGUGAUGGAUCACCUCUCGUCUUUGUCAUGGAUGACCUGCAAUGGAGUGAUAUGCCAUCCAUGGACAUGUUUCAGGCCAUUGCCACAGAUCCAGAGAUGCCUCACAAUCUAAUCUUGGUCGGAUGCUUUCGGUCCAACAUUAUUAGUUCAUCAUCACAAGACGAUGGUACCGACAAGAAGAAAGACGACAAUCAUCUGGAUGCCGACAAUAGCAACGUUGAUACCACGGCAGAAGAACCGCAAACUCAAUCCCCUCCUCUUGUCCGAGCCAUUCAACAACUCACAGAAGACAGCCAAAAAGACGAUGCUUCCUUUCAUCUGACCCAAAUCGCACUUGGCAAUCUAUCCCUCGAAUCCGUCCAACAACUCAUUGAAGAACUCUUGUCCGUUCCGCCAUCUCGAGCCUUGGAGUUGGCACAGAUAUGCUACAAACGAACACUGGGGAAUGCAUUUUUUGUCAAGGUCUUUUUGAAAAUGUUGCACGAAAUCAACAUUUUACAGUUUGAUCUCGGGUCGUUCUCAUGGACGUGGCACGACAAGGCCGUCGAACGAGAAUCGGCCGCCACCGAUAAUGUCGUCUCCUUGAUACAAACCAAACUAAAACGAGAUGAAGGGCAGCGUGGACCCAUGAGUCUCUUGCUCCAAGUCGCGUCCCUGCUGGGGAGUAGCUUUGAUCGUCGUGCCAUUCUCAUUAUUUGGGAGGGACUGCAAAAGGCGGCAGCGCAGCAUCAUGAUCCCAGUACGAAUAAUGAAGGCAACGUAUACAAGCACAUUCCAAAAUACCGCGAUUGUCUAUUGUUACCGGCCAAUAAUACGGAUGAUACUGUCGAUGCCUUGCUCGAACAGGCAGUAAUUGAAAUGAUGAUUGAGAAGGUCGGAGACCAAAACGCGGCAACAUCGUCCAACGAUGCAGGAGGAGGAGACGUAUACUAUCGGUUUGGGCAUGAUUCGAUACAAGAAGCCUGCUUGAGCCGUGUCCCUUUGGCAGAGCUGGACGAAUUCCGUAGCAUCAUGGGGCAUUGCCUUCACCAGAACUUGUUGCCUGACGAGCUCGAACAAUGGCUCUUUGUGGUGGUGGAUCUACUCAACAAUAAUGACAGCGGAAACUGCAGCGUGGAUGUGGCUGCCUUGAAUGCGCGAGCGGCCGAAAAGGCCAAAGAAUUGGCAGCCUUUCGAUGCGCCGUUCGUUACGUCGAAUACGGCAUUCGAAACAUGAAUGCCAGUGCCGACAUUAUGUGGAGCCAUCAUGCCGAACUGGCAAUACUGUUGCACUCGCUCGGAGCCGAGGCCGAAGAAUGUG